AUGGAUCUAAAAAUUUUCACUUGGAACUGUAGGGGUAUCUCCAAUCCUCGGUUUUUUAGCCGAAUUCAAGAUGUUAUCGCUCGCUUGAAGCCCAACUUUCUCUGCCUGGUUGAGACCAAAGCCAAUGCCUCUCGGGUCUGGCGCUUCUGCAAUAAACUCCAUCGUUGGUGGGACUGGGCUGCCAUCUCCUCCUCCGGCCUAUCGGGAGGCAUCCUUGUGCUUUGGAAGAGAUCUAUUGGCAUAGUCACUCCCGUGGCUUCCUCUCGUUUGGUUCUUCAUUUAGUCAUUACCACCUACGAUAAAACUUGGAUUCUCUCUACUGUUUAUAACUCACAGAUCCUUUCUGAUCAGAAACUGCUUUGGAGAUCUCUCCAGGGUUUUUCUAGUCUCUCCAUUCCCUGGCUUCUCUCGGGCGAUUUCAAUGCCAUCUCCUCUCGGGAGGAACACAGGGGCGGAAACUUUUCUCACUACGCGUCUAAAUCUUCCUUUUUCUCUGAUUUCAUUUUCUCUAACAACCUCUUUGACUUAGGCUUCUCUGGAUCCCGCUUCACUUGGUGCAAUGGUCAGGAGGGUCUUGCUCGCCGUUGGGCUAGAUUAGAUCGUUUUCUGGCGAACUCUUUGUGGCUCCUGGAUUUUCAACGGAUCUCCAACACUCAUCUUCCCAGAAUUUUUUCAGACCACUCCCCCCUUCUUCUCUCUGCGUUUAAAUCCGCUUAUAUCCCUAAAAAAAGUUUUCGUUUUGGCAAUUGCUGGCUUGAUUAUGCAGGUUGCCAUAAGAGUGUUCUCCGCGCUUGGGCUGGCUGUACUAAUUCGUCUCCUCUUCGCUCUUUCUCUCUGGCGGUCUCGCGCACCAAACAAUUUGUUCUUGGCUGGAGGAAUUCUUGCCAUGGUAACAUUGAAGUUGAAAUUGAAAACAUUGAGAAAGAGAUUCGUUCCCUUGAGGACGCGCCGUCAUCCUCGGACGCAUCUUGGAAUUCCACCUGGCUCCGUGCUCUCCAUAACAGACGCAACGCCUUACUGAGACAAAAGGACAUUUAUUGGCGCCAGCGGGCCCAUGCUCACUGGCUGCAUCACAGUGAUAGGAACUCCAACUUUUUUCACAAUUCGGUUAAAAUUCGGCAUCAUCGUAACAGAAUCAACUUCAUCAAAGAUUCCACGGAUAACCCCUCCCUCUCCUCUGAUUUUCGCCCCAUUUCGCUUUGCAACGUCUGUUAUAAAAUUGUUACCAAAAUCCUUGCUACUCGCUUAAGGUCUGUUAUCCACAAGAUUGUCGGUCCUGAGCAAAAUGGUUUCUUACCUGGCCGUGGCACUUUUGAUAACAUUAUUGCGGUUCAAGAGAUUGCUCAUAGCCUCGAAUUCGAUUUCCCAGCCCACCCGAGGAUGAUCUUAAAAAUUGAUAUUGAGAAAGCCUUUGAUACGAUUGAAUGGUUAGCUAUUCUUGCCACCCUCAGUAGGAUGGGCUUUCCUCUAGUUUGGAUUAAUUUGAUCAAGUCCUGCCUUUCCUCGGCCUCUUUCUCUAUAGUUAUUAAUGGUCAGAACUCUCCCUGGUUCUCUUCCAGCCGGGGAGUUAGGCAAGGUGAUCCAAUUUCCCCUCUCAUUUUCAUCCUAGUUUCUCAAAAUCUCUCAGCCUUACUGAACAAAGCUCUCUCCCUUCAACUGGUGCCUGGAUUCCACUGUGCCCUGACCAGGAAUUUUAAUCAUCUAAUGUUCGCGGAUGAUUUGAUCAUCAUCACUUUGGCGUCUAGGAAGAUCGCCAGAAACUGUGUGCUCUGCUUGAAUCUCUACCAGAGCCUUACUGGUCAGAAACCCAACCUCAGUAAAUCUCAAUUCUUCCUUCCCUCCUGGGCCAAUCGUACCAUUGCUAGAUCCAUUUCCAGAAUUCUUGGUUUUAAUCAGGGGAUUUUCCCUUUCAUGUAUCUUGGCGUCCCCAUCUCUCCAAAGCGUCUCCCUGCCCCUCAUUUUAACUCCAUUACUAAUCGAGUCCGCAAUACUAUCCACUCCUGGAACCACUCCUCUAUCUCCACUGCUGGUCGAGCUAUCCUUUUGAAUAGCUCAAUCUUCUCUGUUCCUACCUACCAUCUCUCAGUUAUGCACCUCCCCGUCUCCAUUCUUAACGACAUUUCCAAACUUGCUCGGAGUUUCCUCUUGGGGAAAACUGGCAAUUGUAGUGGCUUCCAUUCCAUUCCUUGGACUGUUACUACACUUCCUAAAUCUGAGGGUGGGUUGGAAAUUCGUAAUCUCUCUCUGGUUCAGCACUCUCUUAUGGCUAAGAACAUUUUUGCAGUCUUAAACAUGGAUAACAGAAUUUGGGUGGACAUUUUUAAAAUCAAAUACAAGGAUUGGCAUCCUUGGAGCAUUCCUUCUGUUUCUAAUGCUUCUUGGUUUUUCAAAUCUUUUUCGAAAAAUGCUUCCAUCCUCAAAAAUAACCUUCAUAUUAUUUCCUGCAACCCUGCUACUGCGAAUUUAUGGAAUGAUCCCAUCCUCCUUGAUCUUCCUAUUUCGUGCAAACCCACUUUUUGGAAUAUGGACUUUUCUCCUCACGAGGUUUCCUUUAUGGACUUAUUUGAUGGUAAUUCUCUCCAUCGCCCCACCCUGACCAAUCUCUUGGGUACCUCCCUGAAUUGGGACUGGAUUGAUAAGCUUAAGUUUGAUACCCAGAGUGUUCCUCUUUGGGUUUGGGCUCCCCGGAACUCUUAG